AUGAUCAACGCCUUUCUGGUCUUCAACGGCCAGGGUCAGCCUCGUCUGACCAAAUUCUAUACUCAACUGGAAACCAGCAUGCAACAGCGCCUGAUCUCAGAGAUCUUCACCCUCGUAUCCAACCGUCCGGCCGGCUCGUGUAACUUUCUCCCGCUUCCUCCCUUGCUCGCUGCUUCGGGUACCUCCCACUCGUCGUCGGAAGAGGAGAACGACGUCCCCUCUCUCGUAACCUACCGCAACUACGCGACCCUCUACUUCAUCGUCAUUUCGACCUCAACCGAGUCGCCCCUCGCCCUAAUCGACCUGAUCCAAGUUUACGUCGAGGCACUUGACAAGCUCUUCGAGAACGUAUGCGAACUAGACCUCAUCUUCAACUUUGAGACGUUGCACGCAACACUAGGCGAGAUGAUUGUGGGAGGAGUAGUGAUAGAGACAAAUCUGGAUCGCAUCGUAUCUGGAGUUAGGGCACAAGGCACCGUGGCCAAACGACCCGUGAACGAAGGCCGGAGCGCAGGACUCGGCGGUGGACUGGGCAUGGGAAGCAAUUUUGUCUGGCACGGAAGGUAG